AUGGAUAGUUGCUUAUACAGCUUAGGAGAUCUAAUUGAAGAGGUGAGAAACCGUUAUCCAUCAAAUAACGAGGUAUUCUCAAUUCUAUUUGUUGACAAGUUUGCAACAGAGCAAUCGUUUAUUGAGCUCAAUUCCGAUGAAAACUUCAUUGUGAUGCUUAAUAUGUAUGAUGAGGAGAAAGAAGUAACUAUCUAUGUCACAACAGAUCCUAAUCAUGUUGUUAUUGAAAGACAACAAACGUACACUAGGAGUCAAGAUGAAGCUAUCGAUGAAUCACACGACGAGGAUGAUUCCUACAUUUGUCCAAGUGAAGAAAGCUAUCACAGCCAUCAUAGUAGUGAUAAUGAAAAAGAGGAACCUAGCUAUGUAAAGGAAAAUUUCUCGCGUAGCAAGAAAAUUCCAACAAUGAAAGUUAACUCAACAUUUCAAAAUGUGGUUGAAUUUAGAAGAUCUUUGAACCAUUUUGCACUCGCACAUGAAUUUGAGUACUUCAUCGAAAAAAGUGAACCAACACAAUUCACAGCAAGGUGUUCCAACAUGCAAUGUGAGUGGAGAAUUCAUGCUUCCAUCAUGCAAGAUAACGUUACAUUUGAAGUAAGGAAACAUAUAGAAACGCAUACUUGUAUUCGAAGUAACAAGGGUGGUAAUAAGCAUGUCACUCAAGGAUGGAUUGCUAGCAUAAUUAAGGACAAAAUGAAAUCUGAUGGGGAAGUAUCGGUUGCAGAACUUACAAAGUGGCUUAUGAAAAACUACAAUGUUGAUCACUUGCCAUACCACAAAGUAUAUAGAGGGAAAGAGCAAGCUUACACCGACAUGUAUGGCAAGUGGGAGGACUCUUUCCUACAAAUAUAUGAAUUCAAAGAGGAACUACGAAAUAGGAAUCCAGAAAGUGUUGUUGACAUUAAGUUUGAGACAAAAGAUGGUUGUCGUCCUUACAUUAGUUUUGAUGGUUGCCACUUGAAAGAAAAGUUCAAUGGUGUGCUAGUUGCUGCUACAGGUAUUGACGGUAAUAAUUGUCUAUAUCCGAAAGCAAUUGGGAUGCCAAAUGGUCUUGUGAUCUCAUCGGAUAUGCAAAAAGGAUUAGAAGUAGCCAUCAUGCAAGUUUAUCCUGAUGUUGAGCAUAGAGAAUGCAUAAGGCAUUUAUACAGCAACUUUAAGAAACAUUUUCGUGGUGAAUUUUUCAAUUCUAGAUUGUAUGGAGCUGCAAUGACUUAUUCUGUUAGUCAACAUGACAAAUUACUAGGUGAGAUUGGUAGCGUUUCUAAAGAAGCAAUAACAUAUCUUAAUGAAAACCAUAAAAGGGUUUGGAGUCGAUGCAAGUUUGGAACCUUGGCCAAGUGUGAUUACAUCACAAAUAACACCUCAGAAUCAUUCAACUCUUGGAUUGGUGAAUUUCGUUAUCUACUGGUACUUGAUCUUCUUGAUUCCAUUAGGGAAAAGCUUAUGGUACAGUUUGAUAAGAAGAGAAGGACAAUAAGAAAAUGGAAAGGCAUGUUAGUUCCAAAGGCUAAGAACUACCUGAGAAGAGUUUCCAAGAAUUUAGGUGAAUACACAGUUUGUAGGAGUAGCGAUACUCAAGCUGAAGUGAAGUACAAAGGAAAGCGAUGGGAAGUUACACUAAAUGAGAAAAAUUGUACUUGUCGGGUGUGGCAAAUAACAGGUCUUCUAUGUGUACACGCAGCUGCUGUUAUAGCUUUCAUGAGAUAUAACAAUUGGGAUACAUAUGUCGACCCAUAUUUCACAAUUCAGAAAUAUAAACAAGCUUAUGAGUUGGAAAUAGUUCCGUUGCGUUCAAAGGAUGAGUGGGUACAUAUAGAAACAACUAAAAAGAUAUUCCCACCUAUUAUUAAACGCCCGCCUGGACGACCAAGAAAGAACAGGAUUCAAACAUAUGAGGAGCCCAAAAGAAGACAUAAAUGUUGCAGAUGUGGUGAGUUUGGACAUCAUCAAAAACGUUACAAGAAUCCGGAAUCUCAAACAUCUCAAAGUUCACAUCAAUACAAAGUGUCAAAAAGCAAAAGGUUAUGA